UUUCCCAUGAUGCCGUGCCCGGUGGGUAAAUUCAAACAGUAGAAAUGGAAGAGGGAUCGAGGAGGAGAGAGAUUGUGUGUGCAAAAAUGACUGUCACCAAACACAGCAACACCAACGAAACUUCUAACAGCAGCUACAACGACAAACUUCUUCACACCAAUCAAUGCACAUUUCACGAAGAAGAAACGAAGGUUUUAUCUGAUGGAGAAACGGAAAGGAACAUUUUGUGCCAUGUCGAUGAUCCUGAUUCCUCCCCUCAGUCUCAGGUGGAAAAUAUGUGUCUGCUGGACAACAUUGGUGAGACUGAGAGAGACAGGGUUUGUGUGGAACCCUUUAACCAAUCAGGGGACAAAGAAAAUAGAAAUAGCCCCACACAUGCAAGAACAGAAGAUAGAGGAGAGGAUCAUGAUGUAGGUUACCAGCAGACCAAUGCUUUGGCCAGUUCUUCUGGCAGUCAGAGGGAAUCUACUGGAAUGUCUGCAUACCACGUUGAUGAUGAGGAAAUAUUCAGGAGAGCAAGAGAGGAAGGACGAGUGAAUGUCGUCUUCCCUGGGCGCAUUACCCAGGACGGUUGCUGUAGAUUAGUUUGUGAGCUUCUGAAGUGUGUCCUUUACCAGCGGCAACAGAUGCCCAUGACAUAUGACCAAAUGGUGUUCCUGCAGAAACAGCAGCAUAAUACCACUCAGACGGAGGACAUGGUGAACCGACGGCCUUCAAAAGCAUCAGGGGGCUUAGACUGGCGCCGGUGCCAGCGGACUUUGCAGGAGCUGGAUGAGGUGCUGGCACACCUUGAGGCACUAUUCUCUCUUACCCAUGUUCCCCGUGUGCUUUUCCUGCUGGGUGGGUCUAUCAUCCUUCCCAGUGAGCUGUACGAGGUCAACAUGGAAGCGGUGGCUGUUGGAGCUGGGGAAAACAGCUUAAGGACCUCAAGCUGUCUAAGACAGCUUUUCCGGACUCUAUUUGUGGCCGACCUGUUGUCGGAUGCCAAGUCUGUGCGUCUCAUGACCACCACGGUCAUGGCUCUGGGGCACAGGGAUUGUGGUGUGACUGGGUUUAAACCCAAAGUGGAUUUUAAAUUUCCCACAAAAGUGAAAAAGCAAGUCAUCUCUAUAGCUAGUGAUUUGUCACUUGCCGGGGAACUAGAAAAAAGUAAGAGAGACCUAGAGGACUAUAUAUGGUUCCAGGCCCCUGUCACUGUGAAAGGAUUCUGUAAAUGAUGAGGGAAUAAACAGUAACAGAUUUCAGGGAAUGUUGGAAUACAAUUCACUCCAUAUUCUCAGGGAUCACUGUAUGACUGGCCAAAAAGUAUAUGGGCUAUUGUUUUUUUAUGAUUGUUUUUUUUUAAUAUGCUUUAUUCAGGAAUUCUGUGUGAACUUUGUUUUAAAACUUCAGAUUAUUUAUGCCAUGUUUACAUUGUCAUCAGCUAAUCCAUCUAUAUUUUACAGUAUACAGUGGUGGUUUUCUGUUUAAUAAUCUGGGCUGCUACUCACUUUAAGACCAUUUGUACCAAUUUUUUUUAAGUAACUUAAUUAAAACCAUCUGCUAAAUGUUAGCUUCUGUAAACUGGUGAAUAUACACUUUUUUUAAUUUACUUAAUGAAUGAAUUAUGUGUUUUUAGGCUUUAAUGAAAAUAAUGCAAUUUAACACUUCACUUUCCAUUUGGUGCUAUAUCUUUGUACUGUCUGCUUUUAUUUGCAUUUCCAUUCACUUACAAAAGAACAUUCAAUCUUAAGGUCAGGGUUCAUUAAACUGAUUGAAAUGACAAACUGAUUAUUGUAGUGUACGUGCAUAUUGUAGUGUAACGUGAAACUAUGUUAGCAAAUUUUAGCUUUUGAAACUUCAGAAAUGUUUUACUGACUUUAACAGCAUAGAGUAAAAAAGUAUAUCUUUAGUCUUUAUGCACAAAACAUUGUGCAAAAAAUUUACAAAAUUAUAUUGUACAGAACUUUUUAUGUAACUUCAUUUGGUCGACUGAAAAUUAACACUAAACAGAAAUGAUCAGAGCAGUGCAUUCUAUGUUUCUUAAGAUACUGGAAUAAAGCAGUUAUUUGUGGCC